AUGCCUCUGCCAGACCUAGAGUUUUGCAGGUUCAUCCCAUUGUCUUACCACCAUCCUUUCCGACAAAGUCGCGGAUUACAAGGUAUUUCAGAGCUCACAUCCGACGUCAGGAAAAUCUGCCAUGAGGAACAGGUGAAAAUGCUGGAGGUCAGCUUCUACGAUCGACGGACUAGGAAUAGAGAAACCGAGAAAUGGGGUUAUGGCCCAGUUAGUGAGGAUGAAGAGGACGAUGUGACUCUUACCUGUAUUGUUUUCGCCCAAAAGUCAAACGUCGAUAAGAAAUGGAUCAAUAUUGCACGCAAAGCGUACCGAUUUCUGGAGGAAAAAGGAUUGAAUAAUUUCCGUGUUGAGAUUAUCGAUCUAGGACUAUCAAAGAUCCACGUAUACCCGAGCCCGUGCAGCCCUCAAGAUGCUAUCUACAGUCAAUGGGGUGAGAUUUGCCGCGAAUUCUUGAAGAAGAUUUCGCUAGAAGGGAUCAAAGCUGUCGGCUGCUACCGCCUUGGAGCCGGUUAUGAUGUGUCAAAUUACGCCCCAAAUGUCAUCGUGGACGUUCAUCCCAACGAGACGAGGGAUUGGAAAGUUGUUCGAGAGGAGAUUUUACAAAUCCUCAUUCGGCAUGGUAUCAACAUGGUGGUUUUUGACAAAUGGAGGGACUUUGGAGUUCAGGUUACUGACAAAGAUGCUGGCGCCAUUUUGCUUGUUGAUAGUCCUUCUCAGGAAGAGCUGACAACCAAGAUCAAGGGGCUGGAGAGAUGUGCUAAUGAUUAUCAAAAAUCGAUUAAUCGUCUACAGGCUCGGACCGACGAAGACGUCGUCGAUGGUGACGAUUCGCGGGAUGAAGAAUGCAAACAGAUGCAAGAGUCGAUCUCCUUGCUGCACCAGGAAUGUGACGAUUUCAGAAGCCUGUACAAGAAAGAGUCAUGUGUUCUGGGUGCAGUUUUUGCAGCCUCUGGCUUGGUGCAGAAGCCUCUCGCAACCAUUCACAAUAUGGAUCCGACAGCAUCUCUAUCCAUGAUCGAUUGGGCACUUAUUAAGAUAGAGAAACGUGCUCCCGGAACAAACAGCUCUCCCAAUCUCCCUGAAUUUCACCAGAAGCUAUCAUGUCUCGCAAGAGAUGGCUAUAUUCAGCUCGGUAAGCGGCUAGGGAAAUUUGGCCAUGCGACUGGUCACACUAUGGGCACUAUCCGGAGCCUCGAUACUAUUAGAGAUCUCUUUGCCCCUGGUGAUGAGGGCACCCUUGUGUAUGAUCAUAUUGGACAGGUUCAUGGCACGUGCCGGGGCGGAAAUCUCAACGGAGACAUUGCGUACUUUACGCAUAUCGCCGAUUUGACCGCCGAUAUCAGACAGGAGAUACCAGGAUUGCAAAAUAUACGAGUGCUUGGGUCUGAAUUUUGA